CAGGUAAGGUACCAAGUACAGUUUCUAUUCCUUACUUCACAUUGAGCUGCCAAGGAUUGAUAUAGGACAACUUUGCUUGGGUAGCAGGUUUCAGGGCAACAUGCUGCUUCCUUGCAGCCAUUGGAGGCAAAGGUAGCUUAGAACAAGAAUUUAGGGACUUGAAAGUUGAAACUAGGAUGCUAAAGACGCUCAUACUGAAGAAUAGAGACAGUAACCUAUCAAACUUCCAUUGAAUUUGACUUCGUCUCAGAAGCAUUAUAGAAGGACCUCAUAGCUUUUUCACCAGCAAGAAUGAGCCACUACCAGCAAAAUGAACUGAAGGAUCCAAAUCCACUGUUUGGCGAGCACCGGCCAAUCGGAGCAGCCGGCCAAGGUCAAGUCCUUAGUUGGCUCAGAGGUGGCAAUGACAAGCUCACAAGCACCUACGACCUUGUGGAUCAGAUGUACUAUCUCUAUGUGCGAGUUGUCAAAGCCAAAGAUCUAUCCACCAACCCCAUCACCAUGAGCUGCGAUCCUUAUGUCGAGGUGAAGCUGGGCAACUACAAAGGCACCACCAGGCACUUGAGCAAGGCCAACCCAGAAUGGAACCAGGUUUUUGCAUUCUCCAAGGAUCGUAUCCAAUCAUCAUUGAUGGAGGUGUUCGUAAAGGACAAAGAGAUGAUUGGUAGAGAUGACUACAUGGGAAAGGUAGUGUUCGAUCUCAAUGAAGUGCCGACCAGAGUCCCCCCUGACAGCCCCUUAGCUCCACAAUGGUAUCGGCUGGAGGACCGCCGAGGAGGAGGGAAGGUGAGGGGUGAAGUCAUGCUCGCAGUCUGGAUAGGAACACAGGCAGACGAGGCGUUUCCAGAGGCAUGGCACUCUGAUGCCGCCUCCGUCAAUGGAGAAGGAGCAAUCAACAUGCGCUCGAAGGUCUACGUCUCCCCGAAAUUAUGGUACCUCAGAGUCAAUGUCAUCGAAGCGCAGGAUGUUCAAUCAAAUGCUAGAGGUCGCGCCCCUGAGCUCUUCGUGAAAGCUCAAGUUGGAAAUCAGAUUCUCAAGACGAAGAUUUGUCAGGCAGGCACAGCUAAUCCACUUUGGAACGAAGAUCUCAUCUUUGUGGUGGCAGAGCCAUUUGAAGAACAGCUAGUGCUUACUGUCGAAGACCGGGUGAGCCCGAGGAAGGAUGAUGUGCUGGGAAGGGCAUCGCUGCCGUUGACACUGUUCGAGAAAAGGUUGGAUUACCGUCCAAUGGUGCUGUCACAAUGGUUCGACCUGGAGAAAUUCAGAGUAGGGAUGUUGGAAGGUGAAACGAGAAGGGAGUUCUGGUUUGCGAGUAGGAUCCACCUACGAGUCUGCCUCGAGGGAGCUUAUCAUGUGAUGGAUGAAUCAACAAUGUACAUUAGCGAUCAACGCCCCACCUCCCGCCAACUUUGGAAACCGCCAGUCGGAAUCCUGGAGGUCGGGAUUCUAGCUGCAGAGGAUCUGCUCCCGAUGAAGAUGAAGGACGGAAGAGGCACCACAGAUGCUUACUGUGUCGCCAAGUACGGACAGAAAUGGGUCCGAACAAGAACCAUGGUCAGCACGUUCACUCCCAGUUGGAACGAACAGUACACAUGGGAGGUGUUCGAUCCAUGCACGGUGAUCACGAUCGGCGUGUUCGACAAUUGCCACCUUGGUAACGCCGAUCGAGGAGCUGCUCCGAGAGACACGAAGAUAGGAAAGAUCAGAAUCAGACUCUCAACGCUCGAAACUGAUAAACUGUACAGACACAAGUACCCCCUGAUCGUCCUCCAACCUUCAGGAGUGAAGAAAAUGGGGGAGCUUCGACUGGCAAUUCGGUUCACCUGCCUGUCAUUCGCCAACAUGGUUUACCUCUACAGUCACCCGCUGCUCCCUAAGAUGCAUUACCUGCACCCAUUCACAGUGAACCAGUUGGACGGCCUCAGGUACCAGGCAAUGAACAUUGUGGCAGCAAGACUCGGAAGGGCAGAGCCGCCGCUCAGGAAGGAGGUGGUGGAGUACAUGCUCGAUGUGGAGUCUCACAUGUGGAGCAUGAGGAGGAGCAAGGCCAACUUUUUCAGGAUCAUGUCGCUGUUCUCAGGCUUCAUAAGCAUGUUCAAAUGGUUUGGAAACGUGUGUCAAUGGAGGAACCCGAUAACAACUGCUCUGGUUCAUGUUCUGCUCCUGAUACUAGUUUGGUAUCCCGAGUUGAUUCUUCCCACCAUGUUUCUUUACAUGUUCAUGAUUGGGCUGUGGAACUACAGACACAGGCCCAGGAGCCCUCCCCACAUGGACACCAAGCUAUCGUGGGCAGAGGCCGUGCAUCCAGACGAGCUCGACGAAGAGUUCGACACCUUCCCGACCUCAAAGCCCCACGACGUGGUUCACGUCAGGUAUGACAGGCUACGUAGCGUGGCUGGAAGAAUACAGACAGUGGUAGGAGACAUGGCGACGCAGGGGGAGAGGCUGCAGUCUCUCUUGAGCUGGAGGGAUCCACGAGCCACUUUACUCUUCAUCUUGUUCUGUCUCUGUGCUGCCGUGGUUCUGUUUGUUGCGCCCUUCCGGCUGGUGUCUCUGGUUGCCGGCCUCUACAUGCUCCGCCAUCCGAGGUUCCGGAGCAAGCUACCUUCAGUGCCGAGCAACUUCUUCAGAAGACUGCCAUCUCGAGCUGAUAGCAUGCUCUAGCUAGAUCGGAGAGGGAGGCUCCAACACGCCAAUUUAUGUAUUUCUGCUGAUUUAAUUUGUGGCUUUAAUUGUUCUUCCUGCUUGUUAUGUAUGUUGCAUCGUAUCUUGUUGUAACCAGGAAAUAAAAAGUUCAUUCCAUUUAUUCAA